AUGCGUACCUCAACAAUCCUCACGGCCAUCUCUUUGGCACAAGCUACGCUUGCAGCAAUCGAGCCGAAAAGCUUUAUCUUCAUCAUUCCCGAUGGCAUGGGACCCGUUUCCCAGACAUUGGUCCGGACAUAUUUGUCUAUGAUUAACGGGAACUCAACCACUCGUGCUCCCCGAAUGGGUGCUUUGCCUAUCGAUGUUACCGUCAUCGGUAACACCAGAACUCAUUCUGCCAACAACUUAGUGACCGAUUCUGGUGCUGCGGGAACUGCUCUUGCUACCGGCUACAAGACUGAAAACGGAGCUAUCGGUGUUACGCCCGAUGGGAAGCCGGUCGGAUCUGUGAUGGAAGCUGCGAAGUUGGCAGGCUAUCUCACUGGCCUCGUUGUGACUUCACCUAUCAGUCACGCGACUCCCGCCGCUUACUUCUCCCACUCUGUGAGCAGGAACGCUCUUGACAAGAUUUCCGAACAGCAGAUUGGUUAUAGCCACCCUCUGGGCAUCAGCGUUGAUCUCAUGCUUGGUGGUGGCCGCUGCUACUUUCAGCCUCGGAAUGAAUCCGACUCAUGUCGCACAGAUGACAUCGAUCUGUUCACGUAUGCUGAAUCGAAAGGCUACUAUACUGCCCGCGAUCGUGCCGGGUUUGACGCUCUCGAGCUUGGUUUAGGCAAUAUCCAGCUUCCAUACGUGGGCCUGUUUAAGGAUGGCGACCUCAGCUACGAAGUCGAUCGCCAACAACAAGCCGCCGACGUCCGCGAACCAUCACUGUCUGAGAUGACGCAAGCUGCCCUCAACUCGCUCUCGCGAGCCAGCGCGUCCGACGACAAGGGUUACAUCAUGAUGAUUGAAGCUUCCCGCAUCGAUCACUCGUCACACGCACACGACUCUGUCGCUCAUUUGCACGAAGUCCUCGAGUUUAACAACGUUGUAAACAUGGUCAUGAAGUGGAUCGACGCGCAUCCUGAUACCGCAUUCCUCGCUGUGGCGGAUCAUGAAACUGGUGGCAUAACCAUACCCUCUCAAUACGAUCCAUCGCUACUCCAGCCUGGCAAGCAUUCAGCCGAACAUUUGAGCGAACUUUGGAGCGGCUACAACGGUACCGACAAGGCUGCAUACCUCAACAAUGAGAUAAUCCCUGCGUAUGGCCUGACCAACGUCUCCGAUGCGGAGAUCGAGAUCCUUCUCGCCGCUGGCGAUGAAUUUGCACAGGAACUUACCGACCUUCUGAAUGACCGCGCGGGGCUCGAGUGGUCAACUGGUGGCCAUACUGGCGUUGACACCACCUUGUAUGGCUAUGCUGCUGGUGGCAUGGGCGACAAGCUCGUCUUGGACAUGGCGGGUGGUUGGGACAACACUGACCUGCCCAAGUACGUUGCUGCCGCUCUGGGUGUGAAUAUGGAUGAGGUCACGGAGCUGUUGAAUGUCAACGGAACGGAGUGGGUGCCUAGGGAUGAUGAAGAAGAGCCAGAACGAAGGCGCUGA